UUGCAAUAUUCGGGCUUCGCUUGAGACGAAGCAACGCAGCCCUCAGUCAAGCAUAGGCUAAUCCCCUAGUCGAAAAUCCAAGGUCCAAUAUCGCAGCAAUAUGCCACACACAGGAGGGAACGACCAGCGGCAACAGUGCUGAGUGAGCCAUGGCUGGCUAGAGACAGGACCCUACUCUCUUCGUUCCACGAGGCUUCUAACAACAAAAUAAUCCGUCUCGGUCUCUUGGUCGAGCUUCGGAUCUCCAAAGACACUUCCCAUCAUGGUCUACACCGGCAAGCCCUCCACGGGCUGUUCCGCCUGUCGCGAACGGAAAAUACGCUGCGAUCAGAUCGAGCCUUCGUGCUCCCAGUGCGAAAAGCGUGGACAGAUUUGUCCAGGCUAUCGAAACCCGGCUAACACCAUGUUCCGGGAUGAAAACUGGCGAACCAUCGGUGCAUCUUAUUGGAUAUCCAGGGCUGCUCAUAGUCAGAGUUCUCAUAGCAAAGAGUCCAGAAACCUUCACCCAACCGAGACCAGAACCCCUUACCCAACCGAGACCAGAGAGGAGGCCCUCCCCGACUUGAUGUGGGGGUCUCUUGGUGAUGGUCUCAGCGGGAUACCUCUGGAACAACGCCAAUACUACUCCCAUGCCACGGGGAGUGUACAUGUCGAGGACGAGCCCGGGUAUGCCAAGGCAAGAGGUGGGCGAGACGCGUCAAUGUUGUACGCGCCACAGGAGGCGAAGCAAAGUCAAGGUAUUGCGACACCCCCGUGUGUGGAAGUGAUGGUGUUGGGGGCGAAUGGUGUACUUACUCCCAGUUAUGUUGAUAGUGGGUUGGGGGUGUGAAGUGGGAGAGUUGUUUUGUUACGGGUGCAAAGCAUUUACCUCCACCCCUUACGGCAACGCCAGCAGUCACUCACAGUUUCUUUCUCCAGGCUUCGCCCACGUCCCAAAAUCGGAAAUGACGAUGACGGAUGUCUACGCCG